UAUCAUGUAUGCUGGUUUUCAGUUUACUUUCAUCAACAAGCAGGGUUGGGUCUACUCUUAUAUCUUUAAGAACAGUUGAGCCUGAGGAUAAAAGUGCGAGCCUUCUCAUCAUGGUUUCAGUUUUAUCCCUCUUCGCAUUUCUUCCAUCCCCGAUCAUUGUCGGGAAGUUGUUAGAUAACUCCUGUAUCGUGUGGGGAGAGAACUGUGGUGAGCGAACUACUUGUCUCCUGUACGAUAAUCAUCGUAUGCGAACUACAAUCAGUUCCUUUGUUGGAGUUUUCGUUAUAAUCUCAACAAUAUUCGAUAUUAUCGCCUGGUUCUAUUGCAAGGAUCUUCAAAUAUUUGACGAGGAACCUGGGGAUCAAACAGUGGAGGAUUCUUCUGAACUGAAGCCAAAGAUUGAAACCAAACUUGAGUCCUGAGCUUGAUUUGGCAAAUAGAAUAUGGUCCCAUUUAAUCACAUUCGUCAUCACAAAAUCAAAACAAACCUGGAUGUUUUGCAACCCAAGCCUGGAUAAUAGACUUUUUACAAUGUUUUCCAAAUCAGACAUGACGAGAAAUCUAGCACAAUAGAACGAGUUAAAAAAAAAACCUGUUUUAGAUUGAAAUAUUAUCAAUGCAAACUUAAAAUUUGUCACUAUUUAAACAAGUUUUGGAUACCAAUAAACACAAAUUCAAGCUAUACAUCAAAAUAAACCACGUGAUAUAAACAAUAAAACUAUGUGUCUUUGCUAACAAUGAAUUCAGAUUAUAUCUACUAGAAUAGUUUUUAAAGAAACAGAACACUUGUCUCAAACUAAUUUUUGAAUGUUGUAGUCUUUUGAUGUUUCAAACUGCACUACUGAAUAGAGAAAGUAUUCGCCGUUUGAAAUAUAAUUAGGUUACAAAGAUAUAGAAUUUAGAAAAUUAGAGUUUGAGGAAAGAGUCUACAGUACAUUUGAUAUGUUAUUUAAAUUCAACAAAUACCAAAUUUGAAAUAAGAGACAAAAUUAGAAUUUAAAUUAAAUUCAUAAAAAGUUCAAUCAAAAUCAAGGCUUUUUUAACCAUAAAUGAAGCAAUAUAAGAUUAAGUUUUAAACCCGAAGAAUAAUGAAUUUUUAAAAAUUACUGAAUUAAUGAAAAAGAAUGAAAAGAUGAACAAAAAAUGUUCUUUAUAAUUACAUUUAUAUAUAAUCGUUCUUUUGAUAUUCCCUUGAUGUUAGGUUGUAAAUAUAUAUUUAAAGGAACUAAAUAUCUAGUUAUCCACCGCCCCCCCCCCC